AGGCUGCAGAACAUCCAUGACUUGCUGCAGAUCAUCCCAUGCCCUCCAGAGACAGGGAAAGGAAAUGGCUGCAGCGGAGCCGGUGACCUUCGAGGAGGUGGCUGUGUAUUUCUCCGAGGACGAAUGGGCUCUGCUUGACCCGGGUCAGAGGGCCCUCUACAGGGAUGUGAUGCAGGAGAAUUAUGAGACUGUGAUCUCUCUGGCAGAAUUUCCAAUUUCCAAACCUAAUGUGAUCUCCUGGGUGGAGCGAGGGGAGGAGCUGCGAGUCUCAGUUCUCCAGGGCUGUGAGAAAGGGGAGAUCAUCAGCGACACCCACACAGGGCAGGGGAUGGUGAAUGAGAACAGCGAGGAAAGUCUUCAGCAGGAAGGUCCUGAGCAAGUGGUACCGUGUGGGAUGUUAUUGGGAAGAUCUGAGGGGCAUAUUUCCCAGAGUCCUGAGCAGCGAGAAACCUGUAAGAGUCAGCGCAAGCCAGAAAGGCAGCAGGGAAACCAUCCAGGGGAGGGACGGGGUAAAGCCUCUCACAGGAGCAGAGGGAUGAAAAGAAACAAAGAAACUGAUCAACAGAAAAUCCCCCAUCAAGAGGGACAUUCCACUUGCAGUGACUGCGGGAAAAGCUUCCAUCAGCACUCAAGUCUUAUUGAACAUCAGAGAACCCACACAGGAGAGAUGCUCUUCAACUGCUCUGACUGUGGGAAAAGCUUCAGUCGGAGCUCAUACCUUAUUAAACAUCAGAGACGACAUACAAGAGAGAAACCCUAUAUCUGCCCUGACUGUGGGAAAAGCUUCAGUCAGAGCUCAGACCUUGUUAGACAUAGGAGAAUCCACACAGGAGAGAAACCCUAUAACUGCCCUGACUGCAGGAAAAGCUUCAGUCAGAUCUCAGACCUUGGUAGACAUAGGAGAAUCCACACAGGUGAGAACCCCUUCAACUGCUCUGACUGUGGGAAAAGCUUCAGUCGGCGCUCAAAUCUUAACAGUCAUCGUACAAUCCACACAGGAAAGAAACCGUAUAACUGCUCUGACUGCAGGAAAAGGUUCACUCGGCACUCAUACCUUAUUAAACAUCAGAUAAUACAUACAAGAGAGACACCCUAUAACUGCUCUGACUGCGGGAAAAGGUUCAGUCGAAACUCAUACCUUAUUAAACAUCAGAUACUACAUACAAGAGAGAAACCCUAUAACUGCUCUGACUGCGGGAAAAGCUUCAGUGAAAGCUCACACCUUAUUGCACAUCAGAAAAUUCACACAAGACAGAAACCCUAUAACCUAAGUUCCCUCUAAGCUGCAGGGCUGCGCAGCAGGCUAUCAAGGGCUGCCCAGGUGGGGAGAGGCCCCUCUCCCCCGGCCCCAACCCCAGGAGCUAUCGUGGAUGGUUGAGAGGUGCCUCUCCCUCCACCCCAGAGCGAUCGCGGAUGGGGAGAGACGGAGAGGCACUCUCCCCUGGACCCGGGCUGGUGCGGCAAGAGAGGGCUGGGGGAGUCCUUUUUCCUUGGGGCAGCCUGCACGCCAAACCCCUCAUCUCUGGCCCCACACCAGAGCCUGCACCCCCAGCCAGAGCCCUCACCCCCUACACCCCAACCCUCUGCCCUAGCCCUGAGCCCCCUCCUGCAUCCCAAACCCCUUAUCCACAGCCCCACCCUAAAGCCCGCAUCUCCAGCCAGACCCCUCACUCCCAUGCACCACAACUCUCUGCCGUAGCCCUGAGCCCCACCCCCCCACACACACACACUCUCUGAACCGCUCAGACCCCACCUCCACCACACACCACCUCCAUAUUGAUGCAUAUAACAAAAUUCAUUCCCCACAUGGAUGUAAAAUAUUAGAAGGAACAUUGCCAAUAGCUGCUCUGACUGCGGAACAAAGUUUAAUCAGAGUUGAUACCUUAUUGAACAUCAGAGAUCGCACACAGGCGAGAAGCCCUUUAACUGCCUUGACUGUGGGAAAAGGUUCAGUCAGCGCUCAAAUCUUAACAGAUAUCAUAUAAUCCAACCAGGAGAAAAACCCUUCAACUGCUCUGACUGCGAGAGAAGCUUCAGUGAAUGCUCACACCUCAACUCACACCAGAGACUUCACGUAGGACAGAAACCCUAUAACUGCUCUGACAGCAGGAAAAGGUUCAGUUGGAGCUCAUACUUUAUAAAACAUCAGAUACUACAUACAAGAGCGAGAUUCUAUAACUGCCCUGACUGCAGGAAAAGCUUCAGUCAGAGCUCAGACCUUGUUAGACAUAGGAGAAUCCACACAAGAGAGAAACACUUCUACUGCUCUGACUUUGGUUGUCAAUGUGAUGUCCCAACUUGGCUCUGGGCACUGAGCCAGGACAAUGGUUUAUUUGUGACUUUCUUGCUUUGAACCAGGAAGAAUUGGUAGUUCAUGUACCCCAACUUUUGUAUGCAUUAUUCUAACCAUUUUCAGCUAGAGAUGUCUGAAUUUCAAGCUGUAGUAAUCAUAUGACUGUGAAUUUCAUUUAAGAAUCAGGCUUAGCCUCAGAAUAUUAAUGAUUUUGCUAGAUUUUGUUAAGUUGACACUGAUUUAAAUUCCAUUGUCCCAUCCACUCUAUCUAGUUUUGUCCAGUUUCAUUUUUUGUUUAAAAGUUUUAAUAUCAAGUCAAGUUAGAGUUUUAAAUCGAGUUAACCAAGUAUAAAUUCAGUGAAGUAUUUGAUACUAGGGCCAUGUUUACAGUACAAACUUUGGUCGAUGCAAGUUGCAUCAAGAUAAAGAUGCCUCAGCAUAUCACUUGCACACAUGCAAAUUUGGCUCCUUGUCGCAUGUUCUUCAGCACGACCUCUGCAGCAUGUCCUUUCCUUUCCUGCAUGUCCUUUCCUUUUUCUAUGCUUUUCCUUGGGAGCAGGGGUUAGGAUAGUAACUAUGGGUGCAACUCUACAGGCUGUUACCCUGAAGCAAGGAGGAUGUUACCCUGAAGCAGUCUCCAUAGGCACAGAAGUGCCUUGUUUAAAAAGGUAGUGGACACAUCUGGAAGAUAUGCAGGUGGCUGAUCACAUUGUGAGCCAAAGGACAUUUUCUAUUGCCUUUAUUCUUUCUGUAUCUGCAAUCUUUUUUUUUUCUGAAAUACUACAAUGCCAUUUUCUUGGAAAGGGGAGGAGGGAGGACACCAGUGGACCAGGUGGGAGAGAGAGCACCAGGCAGACCAGAAUCUUGGGUGGCACGUUGCGCUGAUGGUUGUGGGAUUUGAUACUUUUAGGGAAAUAAACCCAUUAAAAGUCUCUGGUGUCGAUGCCAUUUUGAGCAUGCUGUAUGGCAGGGUGGGGAAAGCAGAGCAGGUGUAGAGAGGCUUGAUCCAUCCAACAUGGCAACGCCCAGCCAGUACCCAGAACAUAGUGUUUGAAUCCCCCUAUACAGUUGUACUGCAAAUAAUACUGACUGGUAGAGCUGUGCUCUGCAGCAGUCCACAUUGGCAUCCAUAAAUCAGCCUCUGUGGUUAACAAAGGCCUGCAUAACAAUGGGGUAGUACCCUUUGCAAUUUAUGUACUCAUGUGCUCCUUGCAGCCUAUCUGUGGUCCCUGUGUAGUUUGGAGACUGCAUUCUCUCAAAACUGGCAAUUACUUCAGAGAUCUUUGUUUGUGCCCACCAACUUUGAGUAAAUCACACUCCUGAUCAAGAGUUCUGAAGGAACUAAAAUAUGAAAUUGCAGAAUUACUAACUGCCGUAUGGAACCUAUCAUUGAAAUCAGGUUCUGUAACAGAUGACUGGAGAACGGCUACCAUGAUGCCAAUUUUUUAAAAAGGCUCCAGAGGCAAUCUCAGACAUUACACAUAGGCAAGCCUAACAUCAGGACCAGGGAAAUUGGUUAAAACCAUAAAAGAACAGAGUUACCAGACACAUAGAUGAACAUGAUUUUUUGGAGAAGAAUCAACUUGUCUUUUAUAAAGAGAAAUGAUGCCUCACCAAUCUAUUAGAUUUUUUUGAGGGGGUCAAUAAACAUGUAGACAAGCAUGAUCCAGUGGAUACAGUAAACUUACACUUUCAAAAUGCCUUUGAUAAGGUCCCUCACUAAACGCUCUUAAGCAAAGUAAGCAGUCAUGGUGUUGUGGGGAGAAUUAAACUUGACAUUACUGGAAUUAGCUAUUUUGUGUGUCCAGCCAUUGGUAGUGGAAAACCAAAUAUUACAUAGCUAGGAAUAAUUUAUAGCUGCGUUUUUACAGUUUUGCUAAUCAGAAUAGGACAAAAAGUUAAUGUACCAUAAAAGGUGUGUUUAAACAGCUGACCUUGGGUUUAAGUGCUCCUAACAUAUAACUUUUAUUAUAACUAAAAAUGCUUUAAUAAAAAAUAAUAAAUUUGCUAAAACUAAAAGAAUUAGUGACCCACUAGGGGUUCCUAUGGUGAUCCACUAGGCAUCACUAUGAGUUAUGUGCUUUGUUUAAGUAAGCUAUAAAAAAUUAAGCAAAAAAUAUACUUUGGGACAGUCCAAGGGAGGUUUUCUUCGGGCAAGGACCUGACACCUAAACUCCCCAGCAACUGGACAGAAGGAGGGCCCCCGGAAGGCUGACUGUUAAUCACUCGAAACCAUCUCAGACUUUGGGUAACUAUAAUGUUUGGAAUUCUCUAAACCUAUUGCUAUAGCAUAUAUGUCUGUUUAUAUGCUUAAAACCUAAUUUUUUUUUAAAAAGCACUCUGGUCUGUAUCAAUCAUUUGUCAAUUCGAGGAGCUUAGUCCCCAUUGAUGUAUUCCUGACACCACCUGGAAAGAAACAGUUAAUUUACCACAGCUUUGGCUUCUGCAACCCCUGGGUAACAGAUUUGGUGAGUCAGCCAGGAGUGGUGGAGAGGAAGGGAUGACUGGUACUGGUGGGAUAUAAGUCAUAUAUAUUGUAAUACACUAUAGGCCGUGGAGGCCUAGUGUGAAUGCUGUGUGCUUGACAUGAGUACGUGAGGUAUGUGUUGCAACUGAAGCGAGGAUUUAAGGUAACAAGCGGUCAAGGACUGGUCAGUGUUAAAUAAGUUUGUCAUGUCCAUAAGAGGAAAUGGAAUGUCUUGGAUUAUGGUGGCCUGCCCGGAACAGUUUUCCUGGAGUUAUGGAUAAAAGGCUUAGUAAACAGAGACAAAGAGCUGAUGACUGACCUAUAAACAGUUGCCUGACAUAUCUGAAAUUUGGAGUCAGACAUUGAUCCAGAGCCCUGAUAAAGAAGAGGCGUGUAACGUUGGCUGCCCACACCUUGUGAUCGGACUGAAUUUCGACUGGCCAUCGGGAUAUCGUUCUGAUCUUUGGACUCUGUGUAGUAUGAAAGGGGUGUGAAUGUGGAGUGAAUGAGGUUUAUAUUGUAAUCCAUAAAGGUAUUUAGAGUCUUAUAUACCAA